GCUCCUGAGCGACGACCCGGUGUGGUAGCGGAGUGCAUCGGGCGAUGCCAGCUCACUGCAUCAUCUGACCGUCCGAGCGCCUGACCGCGUGCCUGCUGCACCAUGUCUGCCACUACACAGCUUGACGAUACAGAGAAUGUGUUCGAUCUGAAUGAAGCCGUUCCAGAGACGGAACUGCUGGAUAACAGCAUACAGAAAGGCCGAGCCCAGCUGUCCGUCAAAACCAGAAGGCACCGCCCCUCCCGCUCCCACUUUCGCGACAGCAUCAGCUCCACUGAGGGGGAUGAGUUUGUGGAGAGGAAGUCUCUGGACAGCCCCUUGCACUCUGUCCGCUCUCCACUUCACAACGCCCUUCGUGGCUCCUCCCCCUCUCCUGAUUUGCUGCUGUCGUCCUCGCCUGCGCACCGAAGCUCCGCCUUCUCCUUCGACUCCUCCUCCCUGGUGCGGCGCUCCCCGGAGGAUGGCGGUGGUGGUGGCGGCUCGUUCUCGCCCACGCCCAAGGGCCGCUACCGCCAGCUCACCAACACCACGUCCCAGGAGGCCCUGGUGCCCACGCCGUCCAGCUCGCCCUCCAAGUCCUGCCCGAGCUCCGACGCAUCGCCCGUCUACCUGCGGAGAGGCCGCCGGCCAGAGAGCGAAGUGUUGGUAUCUGAUGACAGUCGAGAUCUCAGUCCCCCAGACCCUGGCAGUCCCACAGUCAUAUUUGACAAGAAGACCAAGAGAAGAUUCCUGGACCUUGGGGUGACACUCCGGCGAUCAUAUGUCCGUGUGAAGAAGGACAAGUCCAACAGGCUGUCCAUGGGAAGCCGGGAGCCGUCAGAGAGCCCCUCGCGGAGUUCGGGCUCGUUUGUGGCGUUCUCCUGGUUCACCGACAGCAACCGUGGCUCAGCUUCGUCCGGUAGCAACCCCUCCUGCUCCCCGAAGCUGGCCUCCCACAACUCCAGCCCCCGCAAGUCCAACUCACAGGAGUCGGCGCUAAGCGAUGAGUUCUCCCCACGGAGCCCUGUUGCCUCCAGUGAAUCUGUGGCCGACUCGCGAUCCUCGCACCCCUACCAGACCCUCUCCCAGUCCUCAGAUGAGCAUGGGGACGAGCCCCUGUGCCUGGUGUCGUCGUGGAGCACGCAGCAGGUGUGCCAGUGGCUGCGUGGGCUCAACAUGGAGCAGUACGUCCCGGAGUUCACCGACCAGGACAUCGACGGCGAGCAGCUGCUUCAGAUGGACAGCACCAAGCUCAAGGGUCUGGGUGUGGUGAAUUCAUCAGACCGCAACACUCUGAAGCGGCGAAUCAAAGACAUCCAUGCAGCGGCCGAGAAAGAGCGCAAGGCCCUGGGCAAACUGGAGCGGCAGAGGGAGAAACAGCGCAAGAAGGACCAGGAGCAGCGCAAGAGCUAGACUCCACAGCCUUCACCUUUCCUCAGAUUCAUCCUGUCAUCACCGCCCCAGGAGCAGCGCAAGAGCUAGACUCCACAGCCUUCACCUUUCCUCAGAUUCAUCCUGUCAUCACCGCCCCAGGAGCAGCGCAAGAGCUAGACUCCACAGCCUUCACCUUUCCUCAGAUUCAUCCUGUCAUCACCGCCCCAGGAGCAGCGCAAGAGCUAAACUCCACACCCCACUCUCCUCGCCUCACCACUAUCCUCGCCGGCCCAGGAGCAGCGCAAGAGCUAGACUUUAUAACUUCAUUACUCACCCAGGAACAGCUCAAGAAAGACCAGGAGCAGUGAGCACCUUCCUGUCACCACCGCACCAGGAGGUAGCGCAAGAUCUAGACACCACACCCCUCACUUUCCUGUCACCACCGUACCAGGAGGUAGUGCAAGAUCUAGACACCACACCCCUCACUUUCCUGUCACCACUGUCCCAGGAGGUAGCGCAAGAGCUCAACUUCCCCCGUCCCAGCUCAGAUUUAUCCCGUCAUUACCGACACCCCUCUCUCCACCAGCUCACUGAGAGUCUACAAGUACGGAUCCCCAUAAGGGUCAUUGGUGGCGAUUUUUUUUUUUUCUGGGCUCCUUUUGAGCUUAUUUUGUAUCCUUCUGUUCCUUCUCGAUACUUUUGCAUUCCGCCUUAAUAGUUUGGCACAAUGCUUUUGACUUUGCGAGGCAAUGCAAAAAUAAUGACAAGGGAAACGCAAAAGUACUCUCGGGGAAUGCAAAACUUAUUGCGAGGGAAUUGGAAAAGUAUUGUAAGGAAAUGCAAAAGUAGCUAAAACAAUGUCAUUUUCACAUAAAAAAAAUCCUGUCUUGACCCUUAGAAGGCUCUGUAUACAAGAGAGAAACAGCUGAAGAAAGAUCAGCACUACCAAGAACAAGAUGGCUCCCAUGACCUGUCCACAAUUAUAGAUAUUAGAAAGCUAUCUAUGUCCACACCUGCCCCAUUGACCUUUGACCUUUGACUGCUUUACCAGCCAUGUUUCCUUCAGUUCAUCCAGAGCAGGGAAGAGAGAAAGGUGGCAGUAGUCUAGUGGUCUAGUGGUGAGGAAGUCUGUCCCUGUAGUUAGUUCACUGUAGGUCACUCUGGAGAAGCCAGUUUGGCUGAAUGAUGGACAAUAAUGUAACAUAAAAGAAAACAGUGGAGGGAAGAGCAGGAGCCAUGCUGCAGGAACCAGAUGCCUCCAGAUGGCUGGUCCUUUCCUUUUCCCACCCACCCAGGCUGGGGAGUUAAAGGAGCACUAUGGAGGAAGUCCCUUUUUCCUAAAUGGUCAUGUACUGGGACCAUUUAACGCUAAGGGGGUGCGUCGGCAAUAAGGGCCAUGCUCCGACCCGCGACGGCAACGGUACAUAGUGAAAUACCACGUGUUCCAGGUCCAGCAAUGCCAGAGACCCCAUUCUCCUUAGUGUAAGUCAGUGGGGCAUCAGCAUGGCAUUAGAUUGGCAUGAGAAUGGCGCCACCUUUUGGAGCGGCGCAGGAAGCUGCUGGGCUAGACUGUGGUAUUUGGGACACGUUGCACGUCAUGUCGCAUGUCAGUGUGAUGAAGUUGAAGACAAAGCAGCAAAGAGGAAGAUCCCUGCCAAAUCUGAAGCUCCAAUCAUGUCAAAGAAAAGAAGAGUGACUGACUUUUUUCAUUAUAACUGAAUUGCUUAAUGUGCUUGAUUUGGCAAAUUCCCCAUCUUUGAUUCUCUGUGGGUCUCUGUGUUGUUUGGUGGAUGAGAUUUUGUUUAUUUGUGAGACUAUGUGUUGUUGUUUCAAACAAGCUAAAGAGGUGAAGAUGGUUGGAAGGUGUUGUGAUUCUUCUGUUUCUGAUUCUUCCAUGUUAUGUAGAAGGACAAGUAAAGGUCAUUAGGUGAAUUAUGUUUAUGAAGGACAAGUAAAGGUCAUUAGGUGAAUUAUGUCUAUGAAGGACAAGUAAAGGUCAUUAGGUGGCUUAUGUUUAUGAAGUUAGGUGACUUAUGUUUGUGAAGGGCAAGUAAAGGUCAUUAGGUGACUUAUGUUUAUGAAGGACAAGUAAAGGUCAUUAGGUGGCUUAUGUUUUUGAAGUUAGGUGGCUUAUGUUUAUGAAGGACAAGUAAAGGUUAUUAGGUGAAUUAUGUUUAUGACAUGAGAAGUGCCAUGUUCGGUUGAUUUUAAUUUAAUGUUCGGUGUGGUCAUAUUGGUCAUAUCUUUUACCAGGACAUGAACUGUUAAGUCUUAAGAGAAACACCUUUAAAAAAUGUGUUCUAGUAAAGGCCGACACAAACACACACAUAAAGACAUUUAAAUUUUACAAAAUGUUCUUUUUUUUUAUAGUAACCAAUAUGCCCACACAUGACCCAUUUUGGCUAAUCUGCUUUACUUUGUACACAGUCACAUAAGCACAACACAGUUAUACUUGAUAACACACUUAAUCCGUUUUGCCAGCGCGUCUUGUUGCCGUUGAAAGGUGUCUAAUAUCUAAUAAUAUCUUUCAUUCAAAGCCAUGAUGUACAUACAGAGGAAAAGAUGAGUCAAAGUGCACAUGUAUGGGCCUAGAAUUAUUAAUGUAUGAUGCUGCUGUGUGUGUGUGUG